CCCCCCAGUCCUCCCCUCCCCUGCAGCAUGGUGCUCGCGGCCCCGCUGCUGCUGGGCUUCCUGCUCCUCGCCCUGGAGCUGCGGCCCCGGGGGGAGGCGGCCGAGGGCCCCGCGGCGGCGGCGGCGGCGGCGGCGGCAGCGGCGGCGGCGGCCGGGGUCGGGGGGGAGCGCUCGAGCCGGCCGGCCCCGUCCGCUGCGCCGGAGCCGGACGGCUGCCCCGUGUGCGUGUGGCGGCAGCACAGCCGUGAGCUGCGCCUGGAGAGCAUCAAGUCGCAGAUCCUGAGCAAACUGCGUCUCAAGGAGGCGCCCAACAUCAGCCGGGAGGUAGUGAAGCAGCUGCUGCCCAAGGCGCCGCCGCUGCAGCAGAUCCUGGAUCUGCACGACUUCCAAGGCGAUGCGCUGCAGCCCGAGGACUUCUUGGAAGAAGACGAGUACCACGCUACCACCGAGACGGUCAUAAGCAUGGCCCAGGAGACGGACCCUGCAGUGCAGACAGAUGGCAGCCCGCUCUGCUGCCAUUUCCACUUCAGCCCCAAGGUGAUGUUCACAAAGGUACUAAAGGCCCAACUGUGGGUGUACCUUCGGCCUGUGCCCCGCCCAGCCACAGUCUACCUGCAGAUCUUACGACUGAAACCCCUAACUGGGGAAGGGACUGCAGGGGGAGGGGGUGGAGGCAGGCGUCACAUCCGUAUCCGUUCACUAAAGAUUGAGCUACACUCACGUUCCGGCCACUGGCAGAGCAUCGACUUCAAGCAAGUGCUACACAGCUGGUUUCGCCAACCACAGAGCAACUGGGGAAUCGAGAUCAACGCCUUUGAUCCCAGUGGCACAGAUCUGGCUGUCACCUCCCUGGGGCCAGGAGCUGAGGGGCUGCAUCCUUUCAUGGAGCUUCGAGUCCUAGAGAACACAAAGAGGUCCCGGCGGAACCUAGGCCUGGACUGCGAUGAACACUCGAGUGAGUCCCGCUGCUGCCGAUAUCCUCUCACAGUGGACUUUGAGGCUUUUGGCUGGGACUGGAUCAUCGCACCUAAGCGCUACAAGGCCAACUACUGCUCCGGCCAGUGUGAAUACAUGUUCAUGCAAAAGUAUCCACACACCCACUUGGUGCAACAGGCCAACCCAAGAGGCUCUGCGGGACCCUGCUGCACCCCUACCAAGAUGUCCCCAAUCAACAUGCUCUACUUCAAUGACAAGCAGCAAAUCAUCUAUGGCAAGAUCCCUGGCAUGGUGGUGGAUCGAUGUGGCUGCUCCUAAGGCUUGGGCUACCGUGAAUGCCUCCCUCAGACCCUGCCCCAAGAACCCCAGCCCUGGUCCCCAUUCCCCAAGCCCUAGAGCGCCCUCCACCUCUUCCCAUGAACAUCACACCUUGUUCCCUGACUAAGCAGUGUGCAAUACAACGGAGGGAGGCAGGUGGGGAUGGAGGGGUGAGGGGUUGGGAGAAGAAGGGCAGUCAGGGUGGAAUGUAUCUGAGAUUUGCAGGUGAGAAGGUUUGGCAAGAAGACAGAUGUAGGAACAGAGGAAGAAGAUGGAUGGAUGGAUAGAGACAGAGAACAGACAGAACACUGAGAAGGCAAAGGAACAGAGAGGCAAAAAGAUUAGAGACUAAGCAGACAAGUAGAGAGACUGAAAUGGGAGUACAUUGAGAGCCCUGCCCCAAGCCUGUUUUCCACAGCCCUGCGAGAGGCUUGGUAUAGUUUGGGGGGGGAGUUCCCCUGACAACUCAGUAGGAGUAAGUCAAAGUCCAUUCUUAGCUUUUUCCCUCGCUCCUUCCAGUAGCAGCCGGAAGUGGAAUGAGGAUGGGGCAAAGUAAGGACCUAGGAGUUUUUUUUUUUUUAAUUUAUUUAUUUAUUGUGACUUUUUGUUUUUGUUUUUU